AUGGCUGGGAGCAGACAGAGCAGAGGACUCUCACAGGGCUUCCAUCUUCAACAGCCCUCCGAGAAACAUGGGCAGCGUGCCGGUGAUCUUGUUGCAGCAGAGCUUGCUGAAGGGGGCAGCACGGGGCGGCAGAGAGAGGGGGCAGAGAACGAAGGGGCAGAGAACGAAGGGGCAGAGAACGAAGGGGCAGAGAACGAAGGGGCAGAGAACGAAGGGGCAGAGAACGAAGGGGCAGAGAACGAAGGGGCAGAGAACGAAGGGGCAGAGAACGAGGGGGCAGAGAACGAAGGGGCAGAGAACGAAGGGGCAGAGAACGAGGGGGCAGAGAACGAAGGGACAGAGAACGAAGGGGCAGAGAACGAAGGGGCAGAGAACGAAGGGGCAGAGAACGAAGGGGCAGAGAACGAAGGGGCAGAGAACGAGGGGGCAGAGAAAGAGAGCAGACACGUGGAUGGGGUGGGUACUCGAGAGGGAGGUGGGAAGGGGAGUUGUGUGUUGAAGUUUGAAGGGCUACGGGCGAAGGGCUGA